GGAUGCUGUGGCAGUUGGAGCGUGAGCCGCGCUGCCAUUCAACUCCAGAUGAUGCUAGCUUGAUCCUAGCGGUCAGAUUUGUAAUAGAGGACUAGCAGGUCAUACCUUUACUUUAAUGAACGCGUCAUAUGCUCAGGUCAGUUCCGUGUGAUGCUGGCUAGCUUUCGUAAUGCUCUUAAAAAACAGAUGAGAUCCGGGACUCUGGAGCGGAGAUUUUGGGAAGGACUGCGGGCUAGCAAGCCGGGCACUCGGCUACCGAUGUCCUGUGACUGGGGCUGAGUAAGCUGAUAUUUGAGCCGGCUGACUCCAAACACACGCGGUACGACUACUCUCACCUCAGACCCACCCCCCAUCACAUAGUACUAAUUGUCUUUAAAAACACAACGUACUGAUUUGGAUGCCCACAGUUGGAUUCACGCAUGCAGUGUGGACACGAUAGACAAAGGAUUAACCAUCAGUUUACAUCCAUCACCCAACUUAACAGCAGCAUGUUUCUGUUGAAUAUUUGCAUCUAUGCCAGCCUCAUGCUGUCCCUCCCUCAGUAUACGUAUCAGUCAUGCACAGAGGGGACACCCAGACAGUGCUUGGAUGCAGAAUUUGCUCCUGGUACCAAUUUGGCCGGGGAAGGCUUCGACAUCACCAGAAUGGAACGCAAGGGGGCCUUUGUGCUCGACAUGAAUCAGUGGAAACGCAAGGACAAGACGUGCACCCUGUGUAGCAACCCCUAUCUGGAGAACAAAAAGCAAAAGCUCCCCUUGUCAGUGGAGGACUGGAGGCCAAAGCAGUCCUGCAGCAUGGAAGUGGCCAGUAAACUCCACCGAUCCAGUGAGUCUCUGGUCAGUUCCAGCUCCUCUUUGGUAGAAAACAACUGGCAGGUCAAUCUAGAUUUUAAUGUGGGUAAAAUAGGUGGCUCACUGAUGCUAGCUGGUACCCAUUCUAAAUUGGCUGAUUACUCCAUGGAAAAAACGAAGAAUGACAAGUUCAGCUUCACAAGCCAAAGCAUGUCCUGUGAGUACUACAGCUACCGAGUGUCCAGCACUCCCAAGUUGCACAGGGAAUUUCGCAAAGCAGUGAAACAGCUCCCCAAAAUCUACAGCCCUGAAUUCAAGCAACGAUUUUACAAACUGAUUGACAACUUUGGCACCCAUUACAUCAGCAAGGUGAAGUUGGGAGGAAGCGUUCAAUCUGUGACCAGCAUCAGGCAGUGCCAGGCCAGCCUGCAGGGCCUCAGCGUGGAGGAGGUGCAGAUGUGCCUGGCAGUUGAGGCGUCCGCCAGCUUCAAAGCUACAAUAAAAACUGAAUCAAAACACUGCAAGAAGGACCUAGAGAGGACAGACAGUAAGUCAGCCUUCUCCAGCCUCUUCAACGACAGGUUCACAGAAAUAAAGGGGGGUCAUACCACAGAGCCAGACCUUCUCUUCUCCGCUGACAAAAAUCCAUCAGCCUACAAAGAAUGGCUGAACACACUACCACAGAAUCCAGACAUAUUCUCAUAUUCCCUGGAAUCGCUUCACGAGUUACUGCCUACUAACACCCCUGUCCGGAAGAACCUGCGCUCAGCCAUUAGCCAUUACAUCCUGGAGAAAGGACUGUGGAGGAACUGCAGUGAGCGCUGUCAGGCCGGCAUCAAGAGCGACUCAAGGGAUUCCUGCGUCUGCCAAUGCCACAAUGACCCUGCUGUAAACCAAGACUGCUGCCCGACCCGUAAGGGCAUGGCUCGAGUCAUCAUAACUGUACAACGGGCUUCUGGUCUUUGGGGAGACCACAUCACAGCCACGGACGGCUACGUGAAGGUCUUUUUCAACAAACAGAUGGUCCAGCGUUCUCCUGUCAUACACAACAACAACAACCCACACUGGGCCAUUAACGUCGACCUGGGCUCUCAGGAUUUGUCAGCAGGAAAUAAAGUGAGAUUUGAAGUGUGGGAUGAGGACAACAACUGGGACGACGACCUGUUGGGACAAUGUGAGAAAGUUCUGUCUGUUGGAGUCAAGGAGGAUCUCUGUAACCUGCAGCACGGCCGGCUCUUCUACAAACUGGAGGUGAAAUGUGCUCCGAGUCUGAGUGGAAAUUCAUGCAUGGACUAUAAACCUUCGCCUAUGAGUCAAAGUCUGAAGAGGCUGUAUGUGUCCCGUCAUGCCCACCCUGUCCCAAAGGCCAUCCUGUUAGAGAUGGGUGUGUUUGUGGACGAAACAAGCUCACAGAGAAACCAGAGUCUUAAUGUGUUCAAAAGUUUGGUGUGAUAUAACACCCAUGUUUGGCUUUACUGAGGCUUAUAUUCAAGGUAUUAGCAACAUUUUUUAUUGUAUUGAUGAGGUUAAUCUAAGCAUUAUCCAUAACACUUAUUAAAUCUCUACUGAUCACAAAAGAUGAGAUGUACAUCAGAUGACAAAGUGGUUGCAAUUCUGGUCACUUUUGUAUGUUCAGUUUUUAUAUCAGUUUAAGCUACAGUACAUUAAGGUCUUUAUGAAUUAAAAGUAAAAUAGCAUUUUUAUACUUUAUUUUAUAUUGUUAAUAUAGGCUAGAUAGAAAAGAUAGUUUAAUUAUUUUUAUAUAUCUAUGCAUUUGCAUCAUAUAGUGCUUAGUAUACUGUAGAUACCGGCCUGGUCUUUAACAGGACAGCAAAGCAUAUGUUGGGGUUGAAAUGUGAGUUUGAAUCAAUGCAGCUUUUACUUACAACCUUAUUUUUACUUUAUUUGUUUAUCCGUGCAUUUUUUGCAUUUUAUUGUUUCUAUAGAGGCAUUUAUAACAUGUACUAGUGUGUUUUAUACAAUUUAACCACAUUAUUGCCCUGUUGAUUUUUGACAUGAUGUUUGACUCCCAUUUCUAGAGAGAAGUGAAGAAUAGAGCCAUAAAGCUUUAUGUAUAGAUCACACAUGCAGAGUCCAUUACACAUGUAAUGCCAUCAUAUUGAAAAAAUAUUUUAUAGUUUAUAGUCAGUUAGUUGUUUACAUCUUCUUAGUGCUGAUAUAAAUAUCUUUUUACUGUAUGAAUCCACACAUUUAUCAGUUUUCAUUGAUUGUUUUUAUCUGUAAUUUGAAUGCCUUUUUCUCUGUUCAUUUUAAAUAUGUUAAUUUCUCCAUCUGGGAUUUACCUUUUAAUAUUCUUAAAUAAAAAUAACCAGAUGCUCAUAUUCA